AUGGGAAAGAAUAACCUUGGACAAUUUCUGAUUGGGAUGGGUGAAGGUCUUGGGCUUGUUCUCCUAAGUAGCAUUCAAUCAUAUGGGGCGUUUCUAGUUUUAAUUUUUAGCACCCUCUAUUUCGUGAUAAAAGAAAAAGCUUGGGAAAUUCCAAGUGAAACAUUCACCACAUCCUCAGUAUUUUCUACUCAGAUUUUUAAGAUUUUUAUUGGUGCCUUUUUCAAGCUUUCUUCUAUUAUCCUUCUUAUCCAAAUCGCUUCAGACUCUCCAGUUCUGUAACACUUAUUCAGUGCAUUAGCGUCACAGCCUGCAUACAUUUCAUUUAAUGGCCUUUUAGCUGUAAUCCAACACAUCAGACCUUUGACAGAAAUUACGGCGACUGCGUUUUUGCUAUUUUUUAUUAGUGCCAUAGGAAUUUGUUUUCAAUUUUCAGUUCUGCAAGGCCUAAUGGCAAUUUCCUGGUCACUUAUUCGAAAUUUCCAACACAAUUUAGCCUCAUCAAUGCAGAAAAACCAAAUAAAAUACAACUCAUACUCCAAUAUAAUCGCAACUUUUGCUGCAGCAGGGUAUUAUGCUAUUAAAUUUGUGAUACCUUCUGAAGCAGAGGCUGCUGAACACUGCACUGGAUGCAUGCUGCAAACUUUUAUUUUUAGUGCGGCCGCGGCGUAUUUUGUGGUAUUUUUGCCUAGUUCUUUAUUACACAGACAGCCAACUGAGCAUAUUUUACAGUUAGGCUACUUAGCGAUCUUUAUAGGUGCUUUUUCAGUUUUUGUGUUUAAUGGGUUUUACAUUGUGUAUCUCAUUAUAAAUCAAAUUAUUUUAUACUAAUUUUAAUUAAAUAGGUUAUAUUUUGGUAUAAAUUAUAGCCUAAAAUAAAUAAAAAAAUAAAAUAUAUGCUGUUUUUAUGAUAAAUAGAUCCAAUUAAUAAAAAAUAUUCCUCCAUCGUUAUCAGACUCAAGAAAAUCUUCCUUUAAUGACCGAUUCUCAGUCAGGCUUAAUUAUGCACAUUUGUUCACAGCGUGAUUCAAGACGAUUAUCUUUAUUUUUAAUGUAAAAUUUACACAGGAUCAAUUUAUUAUUUAUGUUUGUAGAAGCAGCAUAUGGAUACUGGUGCAACUCAUUAGGCUUGAUUUCUGACUCAAUUCACAUGUGCUUUGACUGCACAGCUUUAGCUAUAGGUUUAUAUGCUUCUUAUGUAUCAAAACUGCCCCCAGACGCAGAAAAUCCUUAUGGCUACGUGCGUUAUGAAGUGCUAUCAGGCUAUAUCAAUGCAAUAUUUUUAAUAUUUGUAGGUAUUCUCUUUUACUAAAUUUUCAUUAUUUUGAGGCAAUAUACUAAAAAAAUCCAUAUUUAGUUAAAAUUUGAUAUGAAUAUUUUUAUCGAAAGCAUUGAGAGAAUUAUGGAGCCUCCAGAAAUCCAAACAGAAAUGCUUAUCCUCGUUUCUGUGCUAGGUCUACUCGUUAAUAUGAUAGGACUUUUCUUUUUCCAUGACCAUGAAGGCGACAACAGCAAUCUAGAAGGAGUUUUCUUACAUAUUUUGGCUGACACAUUGGGAAGCGUCGGGGUGAUUAUUUCGUCUAUUUUUGUGCACAAUUGGCAGUGGUAUAUCGCAGAUCCGAUUUGCUCUCUUAUUAUUUCUAGUCUAAUAUUUUUAAGUGUAGGUGGAUUGAUAAAACGAUCAAUUCAAAUGCUGCUGGAGCAAGAUAUUGAUGGAAAAUCAAAGAAAAUCAGGUCAAAAAUAGCUGAAAUUGAAGGAGUGGAGACUAUUGAAAAGGUCGCUUAUACAAAUUUGGCAGGAGAUCAGCAUAUCGCGAUGGUUUGGAUUAAAGCAAAAAUUGGCGCAAACCCGAUAGAAAUAACACAAGCCUGUAAAGAGUUUUUACCAAGCUGGAAUUCUGUUCAAGUAACAUAA